AAAGGAGGAGAGGUUUUUUUUUUCCCCAAAAAGUGAAAAUUUCCAGAUUUAAACAAGGGACGACUGAGUUUGGCCGACAGCAAAUAGUUCAUUCAUUUUAAGUGCCUGUGUUGGACACAUAGGUCGGCGAGUCUAGCGAAAGGGCGGAAGCAUUUAGCAUGGGCCAGAUCAAGAAGACUCCCAGUCUUCCAAACCCUAAGGCAAAGGGGCAAAGGCGCCUUCCGGCUCUCGGUUCCCCAGGCGCGACUCUCCAGGACCUACUCACCUGGCGCUGGAGGAGCGGCCUGCGCAUGUCUCUUGGGACCACGGCUGGUCGGCGCAUGCGCACGGCGCCUCGUGGAUUCGCGCUCCUUUUCCCCGCCACCGUUGCUCCCGGGUUCCCCUGAUUUUACCCGGCGGCAGUUUGCUACCUCGGCGGCCAGAAUGGAGCGAGUGGACCAACUGGAGCUGCUAAUGGAGAAGAGUUUCUGGCAGGAGGCUGAGCCACCGGCGGAGCUAUUUCAGAAGAAGAAGGUGGAAGCUUCCUUUUCUAAGAUAGCUCUGAGCCGAGGAAUGGAUAACCGGUACCUGGUAUUAACAGUCAAUAUUGUGCGGAGUGAAGAAGGAAACCAUGAAAAGCACCUAACCAUCACUGCUUCCCAGUCACUAGAAUAUAAAGAACUGUGUAUCCUUAGGAAUGAUUGGUGCUCUGUGCCAGUAGAGCCAGGGGACAUCAUUCAUUUGGAGGGAGACUGCAUAUCCGAUACUUGGAUAAUAGAUGAAGAUUUUGGAUAUUUGAUUCUAUAUCCCGACAUGCUGAUUUCUGGCACAAGCAUAGCCAGUAGUAUUCGAUGCAUGAGAAGAGCUGUCCUGAGUGAAACAUUCAGGAACUCUGAUCCAGCCACACGCCAAAUGCUGAUUGGUACGGUUCUUCAUGAAGUAUUUCAAAAAGCAGUAAGUGAUAGUUUUGCCCCAGAAAAGCUACAAGAACUUGCUUCUCAAACUGUUCAAGAAAUAAGGCAUCUGAAGGAAAUGUACCGCCUAAAACUGAAUCAAGAUGAAAUAAAACAAGAAGUAGAGGAGUAUCUUCCUUCAUUUUCUAAAUGGGCUGGAGAUUUCAUGCAUAAACAUACUUCAACUGACUUCCCUCAGAUGCAGCUCUCUCUGCCAAGUGAUGGUAGUAACAGUAAUUCAACAUGUAAUAUUGAAGUUACAAACUCGCUGGAUAUUGAAGAAAGCAUUUGGUCCCCUAGGUUUGGAUUGAAGGGCAAAAUAGAUGUUACAGUUGGUGUGAAAAUACAUCGGGGAUGUAAAACAAAAUAUAAGAUAAUGCCAUUGGAACUUAAAACUGGCAAAGAAUCAAAUUCUAUUGAACACCGUAGUCAGCUUGUUCUGUAUACACUGCUAAGCCAAGAGAGGAGGGCUGACCCAGAGGCUGGCCUGCUUCUCUACCUGAAGACUGGCCAGAUGUACCCUGUGCCUGCCAAACAUCUUGAUAAAAGAGAAUUAUUAAGACUAAGAAAUCAGAUGGCAUUCUUUUUGUUUCACCGUAUUAACAAAUCUCCUACUGGAGAGGAGAAGACAAAGCUUGCUCCUUUGCCACAAAUAAUUGAGGAACAGCAAACCUGUAAAUACUGUUCACAGAUGGGCAACUGUGCUCUCUAUAGCAGGGCGGUUGAACAACAGAUGGAAGACAGUUCAGUCCCGACCAGCAUGUGGCCCAAAAUAAAAGAAGAAACUCAGCAUCUCAAGCUUAUACACUUAGAGUAUUUUAGCCUUUGGUAUCUAAUGUUAACCCUGGAGUCUCAAUCAAAGGAUAAUAAAAGAAAUUACCAACAUAUAUGGUUAAUGCCUGCUUCAGAAAUGGAGGAGAGUGGCAGCUGCAUUGGGAGCCUGAUUAGAACAGAACAUGUAAAGACAGUUUGUGAUGGACAGUAUUUACAUAAUUUCCAGCGUAAAAAAGGAGCCAUACCCAUCACAAAUCUAAUGGCAGGUGACAGAAUUAUUUUAAGUGGAGAAGACAGAACAUUGUUUGCCUUGUCUAGGGGAUAUGUGAAGGAGAUUAACUCAACAACAGUAACCUGUUCAUUAGACAGGAACUUGUCAGGACUCCCAGAAUCAACUUUGUUCAGAUUGGACCAGGAAGAAAAAAAUUGUGAUAUAGAUACCCCAUUAGGAAAUCUUUCUAAACUGAUGGAAAAUACUCAUGCCAGCCAAAAACUUCGAGAUUUAAUCAUUGACUUGCGUGAACCGCAGUUUAUAUCCUACCUCAGUUCUGUUCUUCCACAUGAUGCAAAGGACACAGUUGCCUGCAUUCUGAAAGGUUUGAAUAAGCCUCAGAGGCAAGCCAUGAAAAAGGUACUUCUUUCAAAAGACUACACCCUCAUCGUGGGUAUGCCUGGAACAGGAAAAACAACUACAAUAUGUACUCUCGUAAGAAUUCUCUAUGCCUGUGGUUUUAGUGUUUUGUUGACCAGCUAUACACACUCUGCUGUUGACAAUAUUCUUUUGAAGUUAGCAAAGUUUAAAAUCGGAUUUUUGCGCUUGGGCCAGAUUCAGAAGGUACAUCCCGAUAUCCAAAAAUUUACAGAGGAGGAAAUUUGCAGAUCAAAGUCCAUUAAAUCUUUAGCUCUUUUAGAAGAACUCUACAAUAGUCAACUUAUAGUUGCAACAACAUGUAUGGGAAUAAACCAUCCCAUAUUUUCUCGUAAAACUUUUGAUUUUUGUAUAGUGGAUGAAGCCUCUCAAAUUAGCCAGCCUAUUUGCCUAGGGCCACUUUUUUUUUCACGGAAAUUUGUGUUGGUGGGGGACCAUCAGCAGCUUCCUCCCCUGGUGCUAAACCGUGAAGCAAGAGCUCUUGGCAUGAGUGAAAGCUUAUUCAAGAGGCUGGAGCAGAAUAAGAAUGCAGUUGUACAGUUAACUGUGCAAUACAGAAUGAACAGUAAAAUUAUGUCCUUAAGUAAUAAACUGACAUACGAAGGAAAGCUGGAGUGUGGAUCAGAUAAAGUGGCCAAUGCAGUGAUAAACCUACCUAACUUUAAAGAUGUAAAGCUGGAACUGGAGUUUUAUGCUGAUUAUUCAGAAAAUCCUUGGCUGGUUGGAGCAUUCGAGCCAAACAAUCCUGUCUGUUUUCUUAAUACACACAAGGUUCCAGCACCAGAACAAGUGGAAAAGGGAGGUGUCAGUAAUAUAAUGGAAGCCAAACUCGUUGUUUUCCUGACCUCAGUUUUUAUUAAGGCUGGUUGUAAACCCUCUGAUAUUGGUAUCAUUGCACCAUACAGGCAGCAGUUAAAGGUCAUCAAUGACUUAUUGGCACAUUCUUCUUUUGGGAUGGUCGAAGUUAAUACAGUUGACCGGUACCAAGGAAGAGACAAAAGUAUCAUUCUAGUAUCUUUUGUUAGAAGCAAUGAAGAUGGAACUCUUGGUGAACUGUUGAAAGAUUGGCGACGUCUUAAUGUUGCUAUAACCAGAGCCAAACAUAAGCUGAUUCUCCUGGGAUGUGUGCCCUCACUAAGCCGUUAUCCUCCUUUGGGGAAGCUACUUAAUCAUCUAAACUCAGAAAAAUUAAUCAUUGAUCUUCCAACAGGAGAACAUGAAAGCCUUUGUCAUCUAUUAGGUGAUUUUCAAAGAAAAUAAAGCACUGUUUUCCUUGCUUUUUUCAUACCAUGAUGAUCUCCUCUAACUAUUGCCUAUUAUUUAUAAUUUGGACAUGCUGUAAAAUCAGUGACUGGUUACACUGUGAUGAUAACUUUUAUCCCAAGGGUAAGAAAUGAUGUAAAUAUAUAUACUCAUUCAGAGUUCCAGUUUUUGGUUUUAUUUAUUUUUUUGGUAUAACCUUGUUAAACAUAACCAUACAACAUUUAACAUAGGAUUUAUUUUUUCAGUACAGGUGUACCCAAAACUAAAAAGUCUAAAUUUAUAGACAUUAUAAAGGUGUCUCUGUAAGACGUAGAGUUUGAUACAUUUCCACCAGCUUUUAAAGACAGAUUAACUUUUCAAUCUGAAGUUUAAACUUUUAAGUUUAAAUUUUUAAGAUUAAUUUGAUCUUGUAGAUUUUUAUCCUGUUUUGUUUAUUUGAAAGACUAGGUAAGAAAAGGGAUUUGUUUUUGUCAUUUAAGCACAAUCUUGUGAUAAUGAAAAGUAUGAUUCUCUUCUGUGUUUUGAGAUCCCUGAUCCAAAGGCCAUUUUGCUGUUUUUUUCCUGACUUUUGCUUUCUGGUAUCAGAGAUGUUUUAAAAAACUUUAUACUUAGUGUUUUAAAUUAUUACUUAUAAAUUUAUUAUUUCCAAUUAAUUUCCCUUACUCUCCUAGUUAGUUCCCCUUCCUCUCCUACUUUUUAUUUUCAGUUUUUAGUGUUUUAGAGUAGAUUUUGAUAUUUAAGAAAAUAAUUCUUAUUAUUCUUUUGGGAAAAAAUUUUGCUGAAUUGAUGACAAAUAAAAAAGAUGUAGCCCUAUUUUCACCUAUUCAUGUUCAUAUGCCCCUUUGUUUUGGGGCAUUAGUCAAUUUUCCUUUUCUGUAUGAAGAUGUUUUAUAAAACAGAAUUAUCUCAAGGUGCUUGGUUACUUAUAUGAUGACCAAUUUUAAUAUUAGUAUAGCCAGCUUUGGGGGAGGAUCUCUCAUUUCUGUUUUUGUUUUUUUAAUGAAAAGUACAUUAAAAAUUGUUGCCUCAACCACACGUUUUUUAAAAAAUUAUAACUUGAUGUUUUUAUUAAAUAUUUUUUUUUUACUCUAAGAUCUCACUGUGUCAAUGAUUAAUACUAAAUAAUAAUUAAGUCCAGGGUUGUCCGCCAUUUUUUCCAGUAUUGAGAAGUGAAAUAUUGGCAAUGUUCUAAAGCUGAAACCAAGGAGUACAUGCAUAGGAUGGAGCUGAUCAUGGAGAGACUAUGGAUUCGACAGGAAAAACAAGGAAGUUGCAGAGAUAAGGCUUAAAUAUUGGUUGGUUAUCAUUAAUUUAUAUAACAAGAAGGAAUCUAAGAUAAUUUUAGUUCCUGGAAUAAGAAAAUUCUUUGGCUUCACUAAUGGUUGCUUUACAGAUUUGUAAAGCCACUAGUAAAGCCACUUCCACUAGUAAAGCCCAGUGGAAGAAGAACCUAGGGAGGAGUUCCAUGUUUCUUGUCAUUUGGGAAUCUGUUUUGAUUACAAGAUUCUAGGCACUUAUUUCAAAGAAAUAGGACUCAUCUUUUAUACACAAGAUGCUGUGAGUUGGAGGCAUUGAGUGAGCUGAACGUUAAACCCAGACUGGGCCCUCAAAUUGUUGAUAAUGCAGUUUAUGACAUCCAUGCCAAGGACUAAGACGGCAAUGGCUACCAGUCACUAAUGUUACUGGACACUCACUUUGUGCAGGUCCAGAUCAAGAGCACCAUUAGCCUCGACAAGGUCCUCCUUAUGGUGGAAAGCCAGAUUGUGAGGAAAGGGUAGCCAUUCCAGUGUCCCCAUUCCUGUCAGCUCGGAGUUCCUGUCUCCUGAGUUCUCUUGCUGCCGCCUCUGGUUCUUUUGUUCCUCAUCUCACUUUCUAAAGACUGGUCUUUCCCAGAGCUCUGUGUUUGUCUGGUCCUGUGCUCCCUCACCUUUGUGGCUGUUGACCAAAUCUGUAUACUCAGAACAGACUAAUAUUCUAGUUUAAAAUUGUUCAGUGAGU